UGUCAAACGCGGAAACGAAAACGUGAGGACUUUUUUUUCCAGUUUGACGCAUGCACUUGCGGUUUGUGCAGCACGGGGGUAAUUAGAAGUUGCUCGGUGAAAGUACCGCCGUACAUUUCAGCAGGUCGCAGAGUAACGAGGCGUGUGUGCAGAGAGGCAUGUCGUCCAGCGGGGAAGGUGUGCUGCGCGCCGUGGAGACGCCGCUCUUCUGGCUGGGCGCCCUGACCGCGGCCUGGGUGUCGCUGUGCUCCGUGUACCGCCUGCUGUCCGGCUUCAGGGUCUGGGUGCUGGGCAACGGGCGGCUCGUGUCCCCGGCAGUACUGGGGAAAUGGGCAGUUGUGACAGGGGCCACAGAUGGAAUCGGGAAAGCUUACGCAGAGGAGCUCGCUCGCCGAGGCUUUGCCAUCGUGUUGAUCAGCCGCUCUCAGGAGAAGCUGGAUGAGGUGUCCAAGGCCAUUGAGAGCAAAUGCGGGGUGGAGACCAAGACAAUUGCAGCCGACUUCAGUGGCACAGAUAUCUACUCCCAGAUUGAAAAUGGACUUGCGGGGCUGGAGAUUGGAGUUUUGGUGAACAACGUUGGAUUUUCCUACUCUUAUCCUGAAUUCUUCCUCAGCGUCCCCGAUCUGGACAAGUUCAUCGACUCUUUGAUCAACAUAAACAUGACCUCGGUGUGUCAGAUGACACGUCUCGUUCUUCCUCGAAUGGUGGAGAGGAGAAAAGGGGCUAUUCUCAACAUUUCAUCUGCCAGUGGGCUGUUCCCCGUACCGCUGCUCACCGUCUACUCUGCCUCCAAGGCUUUUGUGGACUUCUUCUCACGCGGGCUGCAGGCUGAGUACAAAAGCAAAGGCAUCAUCAUCCAGAGUGUUUUGCCGUUUUUCGUGGCCACCAAGCUGAGUAAAAUCAAGCGAGCCACGCUAGACAAGCCCAGCCCAGAGCGCUAUGUGGCAGCAGAGCUCAACACCGUGGGACUGCAGAGCCAGACCAACGGCUACCUGCCCCACGCUAUCAUGGGUUGGUUGACCACGGCCCUGCUCCCCACCAAGGUCCUGAGCAGCUACAUGAUGUCGAUGUGCUUGUCCCAGCGAGCUCGCCACCUGAAGAAGCAGAAGCAGGGAUAGACCAGCGGCCGGGAGGACGGACGGACGGACAGACGGAUGGACCACACAGAGAGAGCGACCAACAAUACCAAACAAAAUAUCGUCCAGCAUCAUCAUGGACCGAGAGGAGAAAAAAGUGAAAUUCUUCUGAGAAAUGUCUCAGUGAGUUUCCCUCUCUGAUCUACCUUUUUUUUUUUUUUUUUUUUUUUUUUUUUUUCUCGGUUCUUAGAUGGUCUGAAUCCAAACAGGUUAAAGGAAUUAGCUUUAUUCAGUGGAACACUAACUUCUCUAAAACCAAACACCUCCCAGCUACCCGGCUUAAUGACAGGCACAAGACGACCAUGUUAAAGCAGUUAACCAACAAUAAUCAUGAUUAUAACCGAUUAUACUUUUCAAGUCUACUCACUGUAACCGUGUUAUCACCUGGAGGCUGGACCGGUCUGACAUUAGAAACUGUUGUGAGCGCAGUGAUGUUGAAGGGGAGGGGCGAUCAAUAUCUUACCAGAAUCAUGAUAUGAAACCAGAUAUCGUCUGGAUUUCAGAUACUGUAAUGCCAUGAUAUGACAUAAGUGUUUUGGAUGCUGCAUUACAGUGAAGGGAUCCAAAUUCUAUCUGUCAUCAUAUAAAUAUCUUAUGAAAGCACCAGUAGUUAUUCCUUCAAUAUCGACACAAUAUUGAUACAGAGGUUUGCUCAAAGAUAUCGUGAUAUUUGAUUUUUGUCCACAUCGCCCGGCCCUAAAAUAUGUUUCUGUUGAAUUAGAAGCUGAAGGGACACAGUAAACCUUUUUCCCUGAUAAAGCUGACGCAGCGAUUUAUCUCUCCUUCACUGAACAGGAUUCAAUGAUUUCAGUGAAAAAAACACAUAUUUUAUUGGGCACACGCCAAAGUAACAAAAACCAGUGAAAUAAUGGAAAAUAGGUGUGAAAAAACAUUUUCAUUAACUGAAAUAAAAAUAAAAAUGAAGCCAAAAAUAAAUAAAUAAAUAAUCGAAACUGUAUUUAACUGAAACACACUAAAAUUACAGUGAAAAUGUUUUUAGCUUGGGUCUUUGUCCAUUGAUUUUGUACCAUUUUUUUUUAAAUGGUAUAUUUUUGUUGAGUUUUUAUCACGCAAUACUUUUUCUGACCUUUCUGAAUCUCGCCCUUGACAAAUACUCCAUCUUACAAAAAAAAAAAAAAGGCUAAAACUAACACUGGAACUAUUAAAAACUCAGCUAAAACUAAACUGAACGAGUGAACUGGCUUUAAAAAGGAAUAAAAAGUAAACUGAAAGUGAAAGCACAAAGGCAAAAUGAAAUGAAAAUGAAAACGAAUGGGGAAAAAAUGCUAAACUAUAAAUUCCUCGGGCCACACGCAGCUUCCCUCAUCUCCCACUCAGAUGACCCCCCCCUCCGUGUGUCCCGGCCGCGCGCCGCGAUAAAAGCCCUUCAGCAUCACUGUGAGUUCAUGCUCUGCGGCUUGAAAAAAAAAAAAAAAAAAGCUCUUUAGUGAAACACUGGACUGCGUUUAAUAACUGUACAUGACUCUGCAGUUUGAAGCUUUGUGUAAGCAUUUUAAUGUGUUAACCGAGACUUAAACACCAGGUACGGCAGAUGGUACCGGCACUAACGGCGUCCUCAUCGCCGCUCGAUGUUUCACCGUUUCCGAAGCGCUCACACAAUUCACGCGCCUCUAUCGAAACCAUGAGUGAUCUUUUUGUUUUGCUCUUAAUUGUGUGUUUUUCUCUGAAGAUGUUGACGUGUUGAUUACGGGACAACGUGUUGAACAGUAAACCCGAAACUUGAUUUAAUCUGUAGACAUUUCGUUUAGAGUCUUGGUAGAUAAAAUAUCCGAUAGAGACGGAGAAGCCCUGUGGCUGUCGUGGAAUGUUAAGUGUGUGUGUGUGUGUGUGUGUGUGUGUGUGGAUACUAAAUUGAUUUUCCAAUUUAUUUCUGCAAUCGGCUCGACUCAGUGUCCUGUGAGACAGCCGAAAUGGAGGAAAAACAGGCAUCAUUUCUCCGCGCCGGUUCAAACAAAUACCGAGAAAUAUUUUUUGACCCUAAGUCUUGUGGGCGGGCGCUGUAGUCGGCGCAUUUGUUUGUUUGUGUUUGUUUGUUUGAUUCUUUGUGCGGAGCGAGCAGGUAACAAGGGACCCGCAUUCUGCAUUUACAGCCAGCAGCAUUUUCACAGGAAUGUUGAAUCUAUGAAAAUGAUAAAAAAAAAAAAAUCAACCAAAUGCACGAACAAGGCGGUCAUGUUAACAUCCUUUGUUUUGAAGCAGCACUUGUAUUGUGUACGUUUAAGUGUAAAACCUUUAUUUUUUUGUAUUUAAUUUACAUUUAGUUCUUAAUGUGCAGUGAAUACUGUUUUAUUUCAGACCUUGUCCCGUUUCAGAAAUACUCUUUUGAGCUUUUUUUUUUUUUUUUUCCCCCUUAUGAAUAUGUGCACUUGUUUUUGCUCGGCUGACAACUUUGAUAUCAUCAUGGGGAUUUACUGACGAGAUAAUUGCAGCCCACAGCAUGUGUCUCUCUGAGCGUCAAUAAAUAUGCUUUUCAAAUAA